UCCUCUUCUUGAAAUGACUCUCCAUUACUGAAGGUUAAUUGUUCAACACUAAUGAUACCAGUCCAUAGUAUUUUGCCUUCUAUAUUAUUUUGUACACUUUAUUUCUUUGAAACAUAAUAAUUUACCAGAGUAUCUUUCCAGUCACCCUAAUCCACAACCCCAGGUUAUCGGUGGUGGUUUUAAUGGGGGUGGCAUGUGGGCAGUGGUCAGUCACGGCUCGGCCGCCCGCCGCGAUGGUCAGACGGUGAGCCACUACCAACAUGACCGACGAAAUACCAGAAACGGGUGCGGUGUUCACGUUCGGCAAGUCGCACUUCGCGGACAACGAGCCGAGUCACUUCUUCAUCAAGAGCGACCCUGUGGUCGCCAUCUCCUGCGGCGACGAGCACAGUGCUGUCAUCUGCCAAAAUGGGCGCGUAUUUGUUUUCGGCGGGAACGCGUGGGGCCAACUGGGUCUGGGCCACAAGGACGAGGUGACGCGGCCGAGUUGCGUCAAAUGGCUGAAGCCGCACCGGACCAUGUUUGUGGCCUGCGGGCGAGCGCACACCGUCUUCGUCACAGACAACAGCACAAUCUACUCAGUGGGCUGCAACGAUGAGGGUCAACUCGGCACCGGAGACAUGGAGCACCACACCGUGCCUCAGUGCGUGGAGCUGGAAGACGACGCCGGAGCCGUGAGGCAGGUGUCCGCAGGGAGCAACCACACAGCCAUACUCACUGAGUCAGGCCGUGUGUUCGUGUGUGGCUCCAACAGCGAGGGUCAACUCGGGCUUGGCGAGGACACGCGCUCCGCGGUCAAGUUCACAGAGCUCAAGUUCAUGGAGAAGAUCGCCUUCGUCGAGUGCGGGUACUACCACACCGUAUUCAUUACUGCCAAAGGAGCAGUAUUUGUAACUGGCGACAAUGAAAACAAUAAACUUGGCAUUCCGAACCCUGCCACCACAGUAUAUGUCCCAGAAGUUUUACCAACAGACGUCCCAAUCAAGAGCGCCUGUUGUGGAGCUUCACACACCUUUCUGUUGUCGAUGGAUGAAUCUAAGAUCUUGGCAUUUGGGUCCAAUGAACGGGGCCAGUUGGGAAUGCCCAAAGAUGUUGACAACGUGGCAGAGCCGACGGAGAUUGACAUGGACAAGAUGUUUGAUGGGUUUCAGCUGAAAUUAGUGGCGUGUGGCGCGAUGCAUACGGCUUUUGUUACUGAUAACGGGCUGCUUUACACGUGUGGCGAAUCGAGGCACAACAAACUGUGUUUGGAAGAAAUCGACGACGACGACAACGCGAAUGAGGCUGUCCCCAAUCAAUACUCACCGAAGCGGGUCACAGCCAUGAAUGGAUACGUCGUCGAUAAUGUCGCUUGCGGCGGCUGCCACACGCUAAUCACCGCCACUAAAGGCUCCAACGCGGACUUCACUAACAACGAUUUCAACAUAAUUAACGAAGACAACAGACAAAUAACGCUCACAGAACUACCACCGCUGCAGAAAGUGCCGGGAAUGAUCAAAAGUGAAGACAUCACGAUAGAAGACGUCACAAACUCCAACACCAAUGAGCACGUUAAUGUUGAUAAUAUGAAUGGCAAUGCGAACGAUGAUAUCGCAUCGAUAGAUUCAUUAGAGGCAAACGUCAGCGGCUCGCAUAUAGUAAACAUAAACGAUCUCGACAAUGAUACCGGCAGUACACACGAUGUGCCUGAUAUUAAUAAAGAUGAAAAUGAUACAUCGUUGCCAAUUACUAUCGAAAUUAAAGAUACUAUCGCGGAUAUGCACAUAAUUGAGAAAAUGGAUCACACAGUGGACACAGCGGUAGAAAAGGUAGAAGAUAAAGUUAAUGAAGUAGUAAAAGAUGUAUCCGAUAAAGUCAAAGAGAAGAAGGUAGUGGUAGAAGACACUUUGAAGAAAACUAUGGCCCUGAUUCCCGAUAUUCACCACGAUGAUAAGAAAAUUCUUAAAAUCCCAGAUAAAAUCGCUGAAAUAGCUAAUUCUCCUCCUCCCAAAACGCCUAUAAUUCAAGAUUUGCUAACACUUCCUGAUUUGUCACAAAUGAGUCCUAUUAGUAAACAUAGCGAUGAUGGACAAAAGAGUGAAGCUGAACAGUCAGAAAAUGAGACGAUUCCUUGUGGGUCUGACAAGUCCAGCCCUCAGGCUGGAAAGACGGCAAAGACUCAAGCUGUUAUGCCUAUAGUGAGAAGUGAAGACGCAAUAGAUUCCCACGACGGGUUAGGACCAUGUGAGGAGAGUGACGUGGUGGUCAAAGAACAGGGCCGCUUUGCUAAGUUUUUCCAAUCUAUCAGAGAUAAAGAAAAUUCUUGUAUGAGCAAGGGAAAAGUUAUUGAAGAAAAUGUUGUUGAAAACAUUCACAAAGGUUUAGACGGUACCGAGCAGACGAUCCACAAAAUCGAGGACACGGUGGAGACCGAGAUCAGAAACCAGACAAACUCGCGAACCUGCACUAUAUUAUAAGGACCAUUUCGUCUUCUCAGAUGUUUAUCCAAUAAAAUUUAUAUUAUUGCUAAAUAUAAUUUAUUUAGAUUACAUGUUUCGAAGUUACAUUCGUGAUUACUUUGACAUUAUAACUACAUACCUACUACCCCAAAUUACCUAAUAACCUGUAGAAUGUUUAUAUUUUAUUUUAUGAAUAUAUAAUUUGUAUGUUCGUGGUGUUUGUAUAUCUGAAAACAUGAAAAAUAUGCAAAGG